AUGUGGGCCAGUCAAUAUGUGAGAAGUAGAACUGGGAGAUUGUUAUUGGAACGACUGCAAGUAGCUGAGGAGGAAAACCAAGACGUAGAUAUAACAUCAGUGAGUGCAGACUGUAAACACCCCACUGGUUUUCCAGCCCCCUUUCUGAAAAUAUUUAUUGCACAAUCCAUCACGUACAGUACAUUUUAUUUCUACCUAAAUCUUUACCUGUAACUGACAGUCUUUGAUAUUUGAUCUUUCCAGUCAUUUUAUUUUGUUCAACUGCUGUUAGAAUCUUGUUGAAGGUGGGGCAGAUAUGCGCGAAUUGUAAACAACGGUUUACGUGCAUUUCACCCAGAAUUUCAGAUCAAAGUUCCACAAUACACAGUGACUCACUACAUAGUACUGAUGACAACUGAAACAACUGAACAGCAUGGAAAUUUUAAUUUACUUCAUUUUCAAUACGAUUGAAUGUAACCGAUGAACAUGACCAUCAAGACAAAAGAUUGCCUGGUCAACUCUCCUUCAGUCUGAACAUUGUCCUUUGACCGGCCAAUAUUUUGAGCCCUGAACUCAUCUUCAAAGGACGCUGCCUCUAGACUAAACAAAGAUCAGAUUUGCAAAAUGUUGCUAUUGCAUGUACAGAAAAUUUUUUUUUGAAGAAAAAUACUUACAAAUCAAACCAGCCCCAAUUAACCAAAUUAUUAUGUGUUGUUUGUGUUUUUUUUCUUUUUAGUGGUACAAGUGCAUAAACUCUUCACUCUCAGAAGAAUUACAAGCAAAGUUUGUGGAGAGCACCCUGGAUAAAGAAACUGAAGCCUUCCUGGAGAACUGUCAUCAAAAAGCUGAUUCGGUGCUCUCACAAAUUGGACAUCUUUUUUUUAAAGGUUUUUUUGGUUAUUUCUUCUCUGUAACUACAGUCAAUGGGUAAGCAUGUUAUUAUUAAUGAAUGUAUUAUUUAUUAUCUAGAUUAACCCAGGAAAUCCUUGUUAUAGUUGAAGUAUAAUUUAUUGUAUUUUCAAUCUCUAUUUAGCUCUCUCACUCAAAAAAGGCCCCUUCUGAUAAAUUUUCAUUCCAUGGUUCCAAACAUAUAGUUUACCCCAGCCAUUAUUUAGACUUAUCCCAGUCUACCGUGUAUUGCUCAUCAUAAUUACUGUGAGGUACACAUGUACGUGACACACAAGCAACAUUACUGAAUCAACUUGAUGAACAUUCUUACAUUCUGUUAUUUGUAAAAGGCUUUGAAUGCUUGUCCUCAAAUUUAUUCUGCAAUAUAUUUUUGACAUCACUAUCUAGGGAAUUAUGGCAAUUUUCUUGAUCUAUUGUACAAGAAAUCCUGUCACAAAAAGCAUAACUAUCGGCAUGGCCAAUCAGAAGUGGAUACAUGCAGAUAUCAGGUUGCCCUAUCAUUAUCAAGGUUUUGAGUAACAUGUCUUACUGCACUGUUGCGGGCUGAAUAGCCUGAGAAAAAUUGAUUCUUACCCCACUGACGUGUAUAAUCAGGGAUGUAGAUAAUUGCCAGGAGCCGGGGAAAAUACCCGGACGUCAAAGUGUUCUUUCCAGCUGAAAAAAAAUGCAGUCUUUUUUCAUAUUACCCACCCAUCAAAUGCCAUUUCUCAUCUGAUCCCUGAUAAUAUUGUUGGCUUGUUUUAAAAUAUUUAACGCUUAGAUAAAAAAUAUAUGAAGCAAAUUAAUUUCCCACACAGCACGGCCAAUUAUUAAAAGCACCACCCAGAUAUGGACAAUGAUGAGAUGUUUUGUACUAUGGAAUUUCUGCGCUCAUUUCUCAGAUGUCAUUUUCCAAGGAAAUCAGUGGUGGUGUCCCAAAAUGCCCUUGUUUCCUCAGUGUACAGGCUGAAGGAAAAUAACAUCAUAUUGAUCCCUGGUUAAAAAUGCUUUUUGGCAUCCAUUUUAACUUUAUUUCUUCCCUCCUAACAGCUGGGGCGUCUUUUCCCUGGUAUUCUUGAAACUGGUGGGAGGAAAAUAGACACCCAUGGAAUACCAGCCAGGGAAAAAGAGGCCUUGUCUACAGGGAGCAACUCACAUUCUUAAAUAAGUUCACAACUUUUUUUUUCACUGCCUGACGUGUACUUGAACAGACCCUUAUUUAUUUAUUGAAAACUGUUUUUGAUAUACAUGUAGCAUUUUGGAUCGUGGAUCAAUGUUUGUGUUCUCCAAUGCCCAGUUUCAAAACCUUAUGGGUGUAGAUGGAACAUGGAAGGCUGCACAUUUGUUGGACUUGGGAGCUGGUGAUGGCAAAGUAACAAGUGUUAUGAAACAGCACUUUGAUGAAGUUUAUGUUACAGAGCAAUCUCCAUCCAUGAGAUGGAGACUUAGCAGUCGAGGAUUCAAGUAAGCUUCUGAAACUUCUUUCUUUUUCAUAUUCCUUUACUGAACUCUGCAGUCAGGGAAAGGUUAGGGGAAAAAGUCAAGCAAAACCUGCAGUCAAGUGCGAAAGUAAGUGCAAGUUGGUAUUUUUUCAAGCUGAGUUGCCAAAGUGACAGAUUCUGUGGUGGCAUGAUAGGCACAAGAAUUUUUUUGAUUCUGGGGGCUUUAAUUUGAUACAGGCAACAAUACUUGAUUCCAGAAAUAUUUAAGACUUAAUGUUGAUGUGGUUACUACAAUCGUGAUGUAGUCAUUUGACUUUCUAGUGGUCAAUUAAAAGAUCAAAACUCCCUAUAUAAAGUUUCUCUUUCAUAUAAAGUAUGUAACCUGAAACUUGUCGAAAUUUAGUGCACAUAAAAUUGAAGGAUUUGAAUUCUCGAAAAUCAACAAAAAAUAUUUUAAAGUCUGUAAAACAAUCUAAAGGGAAUAUAAAAUGCAAGAUCAAUGGAAAUCAUUCUGAGGUCAAAGAAUUUGCACACAUGCACAGCUACUUCUCAUCACCUUGCCUGGGGGACAUUUUGUGAGAGAGUUGUGUGUGUUUUGGUCCCAAAAAUCCCAUACUGAUUAAUGCAAGACCCAAGCAUCUGUUUUAUGGAAGUGUCUGUGUAGUAGAGAUAGGGUGUAUAAGAAAUUUGGCAUCAUUAAUUUCUUUUGCCAACUGAAGAGAACAGUGUGUAAUAGAGAGGUGUCCAUAUUGAAGCAGUGUGACUGUGUCUGUAUUGUAGGGGUGAGUGUAGGGAGAGGGUUGACUGUCAUUUAAUAGUAAUAAUAGUAUAAAUAAUAAUAACAAUAUUAAUAAAGUAAUUGAUAAUAAUAAUUAUAAUAAUAUUUAGUAAUAAUAAGAUAAUAAUAAUCAGUAUAUACUAAAACAGUCUGUAUAGUGUUAAUUUGGCACGUUCUGAUUGGCUUCUCAAGCGUGAGAUAUCCAGUGCUAUUCACUGAUUCACCUCCAGGGUCCGAGCGAUGCCAAACUUGCACGACUUAUGAGCAAAAUGGCUUCCCAGUUUGCUACCAUAACAAAAGGAGAAAUUUGAUAAAUAUGUGAAGAAGCUGUUUCCUGAAAACACAACGAGGCGGUGAAAUCUGGUUUGGCAGUUUUUACAGGUAAAGCUGCGUCUGUUUAACCUGAAUAUUUUCGAUGAAACUGGUAGAAGAGUUUUUUGUUUACAAAUGCAAAUUAAGUCUUGUGUUAACUUGUUUAGCUGACAAGCUCAUGAAUAACUUGAAAACUAAUUGAAAUGGUAUUUUUACAGAAUAGUUUCAAUUACAGGAAGAAUUUACAACUGUUUUGAAGAAAAUUUCUUCAAAACAGUUGUAAAUUAAAUAUAAUAUGUCCCCGCAAAAGCUAAACAAAUGCCUCAAAGGUUUUUACAGUAUAUUUAUCGGCAAGAAAACCUGAGAGCCCUUUAGUCACUUGUGAGCCAAAAUUGUAAUCGUUGGCAGCAAUCAGUGAGUUAAAAAUCUUUAUUUUUGGGUCAAUUAUCUUACUGUUUUAGUAUAUACUAAAACAAUUAGUUACCUCAGUGUUAUGGCUAGUGGUGGAUACAGUAUUUACCUCACCACUUCCAGCUUAGUAAAUUAUCCACCACUAGUCACCUCCACUUUGGUGAUAAAUUGUAAUAUUAAUUUCUAAGCACUGUCUCAUUUUCUCUAGAUUAUUAGAUGAAACUGAAUGGGCAAAUGUUGACUUCAAAUUUGAUGUUGUUGCCUGUCUUAACCUGUUGGAUAGAUGUGAUAAGCCUCUAACACUUCUCGCUGACAUCAAGCACACUCUUCACCCAGUUACUGGUCGCCUGCUUGUGGCUGUUGUGCUGCCCUUUAAACCUUGUGUUGAAUCAGGUUGGUUCACAUACAAUGUUUGAAUUGUGUUGUUUAAUUUUGUCCUUGAUUUAAAUUUUAUUUUGACUGUGAGCUGUACUUUGUUCACUUCACACAAACUCAGUUAUGCAAGUGUGAGACUAGUUUAUACCUGUCCUUUGACUGACAAUUCCAUGAACAAAAAUGGAUGGGGCUCUUGGACAAAAGAUGCAUUCUUGAUACCUGGAUAAAAUUAAUUUUACCUUCAUGUACAAGAAAAAGCAAGCUAGAUAUCUGGAUGGAUAGUCUAAUAAUUAAAGUAAAUCAGAAGGCACUUGGACCCUUCUUUCCAAGCAUGCCUCUCCCAGCAUAUUAGUAAACUUUUCUCAAACCACAGUACAGCAAAAAUCAGCAACAACAUUAGAGACCUUAAGAUACCCCGAUAUCGGUGUACGGGUACGGGUAGUGUACCCGUACACGUAAAAUGUUCAUGUGCGUGACUAUUUCGAUUAAGAUACCUGAAGAACAAGCACGCAAAAUUAACUUCGUACAUGCAUGUCGCUUAAUGCAUACAAAAUCUCCCUCAAAUUCUAGACUUCAUAUCUUAACAACAAGCUGCAACAAAUAAUUAAUUCAUACAUAAGCUUAUUGAAAUAUCAUAGAAAGAUUUUAAGAAACUUGGCGGGAAGUCCCUCGACCGAAAGCUUGUUAUCGCAAACACCGCCAUUUUGAUCGAGGCACAUCACCAAACGAUUCCUUUGAUUGUCAACUUCAACAGUGACUCCCAUGCUAAAUUUUUCAAUGCUAUUUCUUUUGCGAAACUCAAACCUUCGAUGAAUUCACAGAAAUCCCCCCAAAUACCGCCACAAAUUGAUAUCAUUUCAGAGUUCAACCUGCGCAUUUGAGGUCCAAAAUCACUAUACAUUUUGAAGCGCUUUCUUUACAACUAAAAUUCAAAUUUGGCAAAAAUAUUUGAACAGACUUGCAAUAACAUUGCCAAGGAGUCAUACAAUUUUACAUUUGUACUUAAAAAGUCUUAAAAACUUACUUGCUUCUCCAUCAUGUAGGACUUGCAGCUACUCGUAAAUCUUCUAUGGGUAAACUGGUGUCUACCCCGGAAAAACGGCUGGUUCUACCGGGUAAGGUCAAUGACGUCACCACAAAAUGAAAAAAACAUGGCGCUACCCGUUACCCGUACACCGAUUUCGGGGUAUCUUAAGGUCUCUAUUAGUUAAGACACUUUGCCCUAAAGGACCUCUCUGAUGUUUUGCCAAUGUGAAAAGGGCGAAAUAAAGCUCUCCAUCCCCCACCCCCUCCUUGGAAUGUUGUGCCACUGUUCCAGCUACCUGCAGAAAACAGCAAACACCCCAAUGGCGAAUGGAGGGGAGGGGUGUGGAUUUCUUGUUGUUUGAAGUUCCCCCAAUUGGGGGCAAUUUCUCAACAAUUUUCAGAGAAUAUUAAUGAGAUCACCUUUACAUUAAUUACAGGUACAAAGAUCAUAAAACCAAGUGAGAUAAUAACAGUAAAUGGAAGCACAUGGGAAGAGCAAGUCAACAGCCUGGUUAAAGACGUAUUUGAACCGUGCGGCUUUACUGUUGAGCACUUUACAAGAGUUCCUUAUUUAUGCGAGGGUGACCUUUAUCAGGACUAUUAUAUGCUAGAUGAUGCUCUCUUUGUUCUCAAGAUUACUGCAUAA